AUGAUAGAUCAUAGAGAUGACGGUUUUCAUCAUUUGCAAGUGCCAGCACCUGUAGCCAUUAACAAUACACUUUCGGGAUCAUCAUCAUCCAUUUUCCAUAGCUGUCGUCAUGGAUCAUCAUCCACUUCAUUAAUCAGUCCACUCCCUUUUACACAUAUCAAUGCUGAGGACAAGAAAAAAAAUAAUACCCAUCGACCAUUAACGGCAUCCCCAGUGUCACCACUGAUUGUUCCUCCCCAUCUUGAAUUCAAAGACACAAUCGAACAAUAUAAACAUCAGCUAACUCAAUGGCAAGAGAUGUACAACGAACAAAAAGAAAAGACAAGACAAGCUGAACAAAAGUAUCAAAAACUCGAAAUGGAAUUAGAAGAGUUGACCACGAGCUUAUUUACCGAAGCCAAUCAGAUGGUGUCAAAGGAAAAACAAUUAAGAGUGCAUGCUGAACAACGAUUGAAUCUUUUCCAAUCAAACGAUAACAAAACGAUAGAUUCUCCUUUCCUUCUAGAGGAAUUUGAAUUAUUUUGGAAACAAUUACAAAUCCACCCUUUUGAAAAAAUCCAUCAAUUGCCUUUUAUGAAAGCAUGUUGGGAAUAUGAUAUUAAACCAUGCUUACAAAUGUCAAAAAAUAAAAAAAAAAAGAACGAUGAUGAAUGGGUACAAACGUGGUUGAGUCAUAUUGUGCAUCACCCAUGCUAUAUUGAACGCAUUCAUGACCAAAAAAGGAAGCGUCGUCGUCGUGGUUUGACUGAAACCUCGUGGUCAAGUCAUCGAUCGGCGGAGAUUUGUAUUGGUUGUCAACGUCCCCUGUUGCCUUUUCCGGCCUUCCGUUUCCGUUGGACGAUGCAAGAGCCAUGGGUAGGCAUGGAUCAUGCUUGUCGAAACCGAUGUGUGGCGGUUUGCAACUUUUAUCUUUUUCUUCGUCAUAUUAAACAACAUCUAACCACCCAUCGUUCUUUGACCAGUCUUUAUGAAGAAAGUGUUCAAUUACGUUUAGAAAUGCAUCGUGCUCGUGAAAAAUCAUCAUGA